AUGGCUGCCACUUCAGUUCACCCUUGCGGGUCCCUCAGGGGUCCCUGCAGGGUUACGACAAAUUGCCGGCCAAACAGCGCCGCCUCUGUCAACUGCCGUCCUCCUCGGCGAUCCAGCGUGUGCCUGCCUACUCCAGGUCGCACGACUCCGUCGAUUCCCAACAGCAGCCGAACUAGCCUUCCCCCUACCGGUCUGGGUUCCACCUGUGUCCCGCCACCUGCUCGCCCUCUGAACUUCUACCCUGUCGGCCACGAUCAAGGGAUCCUCAACUGCAAUGAAAAGGAGACCAUGGAGUUCCUGAACAGCCGGCUGGGCAACUACCUGGAAAGAGUGCGCUGCCUGGAACAAGAGAAUGCGGAGCUGGAAUGUAAGAUCCGAGAAUGGUAUGAAUGCGAAAACUCUUACGUCUGCACUGACUUCAAGCCAUUCUACUGCAGCAUUGACGAGCUCCAGCAGCAGAUUUGCUGCAUUAAGGCUGACAACGCAAGGCUGUGCCUGGAUAUUGACAAUCUCAAAAUGGCUUCCGAUGACUACUGCACCAAGUAUGAUUAUGAGCUCAGCCUUCGUCAGCGGGAUGAGUCUGACAUCACUGGCCUCCGCAGAGUCCUGGAUGACCUCACUCUGUGCAGAGCUGACCUGGAAACUCAACUCGAGUCCCUGACUGAGGAGAUGAUGUGCCUGAAGAAAAACCAUGAAGAGGAGUCCUGUGCCCUCCGCUCCCAGCUUGGUGAUCGCAUCAACGUAGAAGUAGACGCCGCCCCGUCUUGCAACCUCAACAAGGUCCUGGAUGAAAUGCGAGGCCAGUAUGAGGCUGAUCUUGAAAAGAAUCGCCGGGAAGUCGAGGACUGGUACUGUACACAGAUGGAAGAACUAAACAGGGAGGUGAUCUCCAGUGGAGAACAGUUGCAAUGCUGCCAGUCAGAGAUAAUCGAGACCAGACGUUGUGUUCAGGCCCUGGAGAUUGACCUGCAAGCUCAGCAGAGUAUGAAAGCUGCUUUGGAAGACACAUUGCAAGAAACUGAAUCCCGCUACUGCACCCAACUCUCACAGCUCCAAUGCAUGAUCAGCAACGUGGAGGCCCAGCUUGGUGAAAUCCGCUGCGACAUCGAGCGCCAAAACUGCGAGUACAAGACCCUCCUCGAUGAAAAGGCCCGCCUGGAUUGCGAGAUCACCACUUACCGCAACAUGCUGGAAGGGGAAGACUGCAAGCUCCCCAAUCGACCAUCUGACCCCGAGGGUAUGACUGCCAUCCGUUCCUCUGUCUGCCGGCCAGUUUGUGUGCCAGAGACAGUCUGCAUCCCUGUCUGUCCGCCGGAGUGCCAACCAUGCGUGCAGCUGAUUGAACCCAACAUGGCUCCGCCCUGCGUCAAUCCCUGCAGGCCAGUCUGUGCCCCAUGUGGUCCUAUGCCCUGUCCCCCCCGCCCUUGUGCCCCUUGUGGUCCCGCCUGCCCACCACCCUGUGGACCAUGCCCACCUGGCCCACGGAUCAGCACAAAGAUCUGCCGCAUGUGA